GUCAAAGUCGCGUAGACAAAGGGCGGGCAGGCGCUUGCGCACUCGCCCGCCACCUCGUCUCCAGCCGGCGGUGGGGGAGGGACUGUGAACGGAGGGAUCCUGAGGACCAAAACCCAGACCCCCUGUGCCACACAGCUGCUCUGGCAGCAUGUGAGCAGCUUUUUACCAGGAACCCAGAGUCACCAAAGGGGCACCUAGAAGGAAGAUUAUUCAGUGAAGCCCAAUGCCAGAAGGAUCUAUAAUUUCAACAUGAGAAGUUUUUUGCCAGUAUCUGUGGCUCACUGGGAAGGACUAGAUCUGUAGGAGGGUCCUGGAAGCAAAGUGCCCCAGGAACCUCUUUUGAGGAAGAAUGGAGCCAGACAUGAACUCAUGAACUCACCCUUGUGAAGACAUUCUUUUAAUCCUGUUUAGGGAUUUUACGUAAAAAAUUAUUAAUUUCCUCAUUUUUAAUGUGAACAUCUUCUAUAUGAAGUGCUCAUAGCCUGCUCUGGAACUAGCUGAAUGUUUUUGGCACAAAGUUGACCAUUUUCUGGUGCCAUUCAAGCAAUGACAUAACAGCUUGGUGUGCAUUACCAAGACAGAUUCAUCUGCCAAGUACAUUUGGAUGAGAGGACUUCCAAAACCAGUCUAAGGACAGCAGAAGCAGAGAUCCCUCUGCUCACUCUCCUGGAACUGAAUCUGGACUCUUGGAUGCUUUUGUCUAAUAUUUGUCCUUUCUUAUUCAUCUCCAAAGUAGAUCUGCCUUGGUGGUCUAGAGUCUUCAGUCUACUGUUUGUGGACCAUUGCUGAUUUCCCUUCCAUACCGGAUGAUGAAAGGAUGUGAAUUUUGGAAUGGAGUUGGUUGAAUUUGGGGAACUUCAUUCCUUUCAUAGACUAUUGCUGUUGGAGAGGACCGUUUGAAAGUUUCAGGGCCUAAAGGGUUUCUCUUUGGGUGAAGGGCAUUGGCCUUGUCUGGAUCCACCAUCAUGUUCCUGCUGCUACCCUUUAAUAGCCUGAUUGUCAACUUGCUUGGCAUUUCUCUGACAGUCCUUUUCACUCUCCUUCUUGUUUUCAUCAUUGUCCCAGCCAUUUUUGGUGUCUCCUUUGGUAUCCGAAAACUCUACAUGAAGACUUUAUUAAAAAUCUUUGCGUGGGCCACUAUAAGAAUGGAGAAAGCCAAGGAGAAAAACUAUCAACUUUACAAGCCGAACACCAAUGGAAUAAUUGCAAAAGAUCCCACUUCACUAGAAGAAGAGAUCAAAGAAAUACGUAAAAGUGGGAGCAGUAAGGCCCUGGAUACUCCAGAGUUUGAGCUUUCUGACAUUUUCUACUUCUGCCGAAAAGGAAUGGAGACCAUUAUGGAUGAUGAAGUAACAAAGAGGUUCUCAGCGGAGGAGUUGGAGUCCUGGAACUUGCUGAGCAGAACCAAUUAUAACUUCCAAUAUAUCAGCCUUCGACUCACUAUCUUGUGGGGGUUGGGGGUGCUGAUUCGCUAUUGCUUCCUUCUGCCACUCAGGAUAGCUCUUGCCGUCACGGGGGUCAGCCUUUUGGUGGUAGGCACAACCAUAUUGGGAUAUUUGCCAGAUGGAAGGUUUAAGGAAUUCACCAGUAAACAUAUACACUUGAUGUGUUAUCGGAUCUGUGUCCGUGCCCUAACGGCUAUCAUUACUUACCACGACAGGGAAAACCGACCCCGGAAUGGUGGCAUCUGUGUAGCUAAUCAUACCUCUCCCAUUGAUGUUAUCAUUCUGGCCAGUGACGGCUACUAUGCCAUGGUGGGCCAGAUUCAUGGGGGACUGAUGGGUGUGAUUCAGAGAGCUAUGGUGAAGGCCUGCCCUCAUGUGUGGUUCGAACGGUCUGAAGUGAAAGAUCGCCAGCUGGUGGCUGAAAGACUGAGUGCGCAUGUACAGGAUAAGAACAAGCUACCUAUCCUCAUUUUCCCAGAAGGAACCUGCAUCAAUAACACAUCAGUGAUGAUGUUCAAGAAAGGCAGUUUUGAAGUUGGAGCCACAGUUUAUCCUGUUGCUAUCAAGUAUGACCCUCAAUUUGGAGAUGCCUUCUGGAACAGCAGCAAAUAUGGGAUGGUGAACUAUCUUCUAAGAAUGAUGACCAGCUGGGCAAUUGUCUGCAGUGUUUGGUAUCUUCCCCCUAUGACCAAGGAGAUAAAUGAAGAUGCAAUCCACUUUGCAAAUCGGGUAAAGGCAGCCAUUGCCAGGCAGGGAGGACUUGUGGACCUGUUAUGGGAUGGAGGCCUAAAGAGGGAAAAAGUGAAGGAUGCUUUCAAAAAGGAGCAACAGAAACUGUACAGCAAGAUAAUUGUUAGGAACGAUGAAGACCGGAGCUGUUACUGAGUCCUCUCCUCAGCCUUGCUGGAGCCACUACUCCCCACACUUGAUCUAUGAGCCAGCUGGAGUCCCUGCUGCCACCACUGCUGCAUCCUCCUAGGCUCUGGAGCUCAUUAGAACUGCUCCUCAAUUCUUGGACUUGAGCUUCUUCAGAGCCACACCUGGAUCCUUCAGACCAUGGUGUCGCUUAGCCCUUUGGAUGCCUGGAGUGAAUGCCACUAGGUUUUGCUGCCCAGGAAGAAAUGCCUUCUUGUUCUUGUUCUGUUACAGUUAAAUCCAUUGGAGGAAUAGCAUUAAAGUGGACUUUAUACCUGUGCACCUUGUACGGAGCUGUGUAUUUAGAAGGAAUUGGCUACAUUCCUUUGUUAGGGAGAAGUCUAUUACCAAUAGUCAUGUGCCAGGGUCACUUUACUGGGUUCUGUCCUGCUCUUCAAAGGAUGACUUGAAACAAAAUAUUGUUUCACCAUUAAAAAAACAAACAAACCAGUUCCUAACCCUUAUAUCUCUGCAGAAAUUCAUAGUAAAGGUAAUGGUGGUCUGCAGGGUUGGCUUUUGUUUUUUUUUGUUUUUUCCUGGCACCCCAAUUAAAUUUUUAGUUUCCUUGAUAAAUUGACAAGAUUUCACCAAAUGAGACUGGAGAGGCAGCAUAGACCAUCAGUCUAUGGUAGGAGGCAGGGAUCAUUUUAAGUUUAUAAACUAGUUCUGAUCCUGGACUCCUCCAUAGUUGUCAACCUGUGCCUCAGUUUCCCCAUAUGUAACUUGGGGGUGAUGAUACCUACCUCACAGGGGUGUUGUGAGGAUUAAAGUGCUAAUGUGAGAUAUAUGACAGAUGCUCAGUGUUAGAAGUCAAGGCCCAUUGACUGGCAGGAUGUGGUCUAAGCUCAGAGCUGCUGCCCAGGGCUUUGGAUUUGUUUUUGUGAGUAAAUAAAAUUGUCUUGGCUGGUGAAUGAA